UACGGAGUUGAGCAUCAUCUAUAUUACAGUCCCGCUUUAACUGUGCCUCGUUGGAAGUGGUAAAGGACACAGAUAAAUACAGACAGGAUAAGAGAGCAACUAGUAGAUUUUAGGCAUUAGGAAGUCCAUUGUUUCUAGCAAAAGGCUACCAGACGACACAUUAGAAAGUACAUAAUCAACGAAAAUCGUAGAAAAGGGGGGUAACAUGGUUUCGCCUUGCUUGGAAUUACUAAAUUUGGGAUUAUGCAUCGGCGGCACUCUCCUGGUGAUGGUGGCGUGUGGAUUGCCCUCGUGGAAAGUGUCAGCUUAUAUCGAGGGCAACAUUGUGGUCUCUCAGUCCAUAAGCGACGGGCUGUGGAUGUCGUGCGUGGUGCAGAGCACGGGACAGAUACAAUGCAAGGUGCACGACUCGAUGCUGGCGCUCAGCAAAGACCUGCAGAUCGCACGAGCCCUAACUGUCAUCUCAUCGGUGACUGGCAUAAUCGGAAUGAUUGUGGCCAUAGCCGGCGCGCAAUGCACCAACUGCUUCGGGACGCAGGCAGUGAAAGCCAAUCUAGCAAAAGCCGGCGGCGUCAUUUUCAUCAUCAGCGGUCUGUUCGUCCUCGUGCCUCUGUGCUGGAUGGCUAAUAACAUUAUUUCAGAUUUCUACAACAUGGAAGUACCAGCGACGAAUAAGCGUGAGAUCGGAGCAGCGAUUUACAUCGGAUGGGCAGCUGCUGCACUCCUGAUGCUCGGAGGCACGAUGUUUCUCCUCCAAUGCCUGGCAACUUCUAACUCUUCGUACCCAAUUAAAUACGCCUCAACGAAGGUUACUACGCAAAACAGGGACUUUGAUAAAAAGAACUAUGUCUAGCGUAGGCUAGCAUUUUUGUGAUCAAAUGUGUUGCUUUUUCAGUGUUUACGUGUUUUUUCUAACUGUAUUUUGAACGGGUAGGCCUAAUUGACUUGAAGAAAUAAAAAUCUAGUCAAUUCAAGAGACCAUACUGAGAAAAUUAAUAGAACUAUUAAAAUUAUUCACUUUCUGAAAUCAGUUAUCCGAUUUCUAGCCACUCUUAAUUUGAACUGUUCAAUGCCUGUUCAGUGUGCCAGUAGUACCAAAUAAAAUAAUCGCAUUUAACUUUACUGUACAUCAGUUUUAUUUAGUAUUUUAGAAAUGUUUUGUGUGUUAUUUUAUAUCUUAGUCUACAAUAUUAGCCUAUACAAUGUAUACGUUAUAGUAGACUCACUAGUUCAUCGGUUUUUUUUAUUUUACUGUAUGCUUUGGAGUGUGGCAGUUGUUAGUCUGUUCUACCAGACUCGCUCUGUUGAACAUGUCCUUUUUUGUGUGUGCAAAUGACCGUAUUUACCGGCACUGUAUCCUGGUAAACAUGGUGUGCAACUUGUCAAAGGUGAAUAUGCAUUAUAAGGGACAGGAAAUCUAUGUGUACAGUAAAAUGAAGACUUUUGUUGUAUUUAUAAAAUGACAACUUCUGUAUCUCUCCCAGAUAAAACGAUGCAUCCUUGUUUUGCCCAAGUAAUUACAAUACAUGAAUAAAGAGUUAUUUGAAACAUG